AUGGCCAACAUCUCCUUCUGGAGCUCUCACCAGGCAGGAGAAUUCCAUCAGCCAGCUGUGGGAAUGCAGAUAUUUCCCGAAAAUCAGUGGCACAAGCUGCACUCCAAGGCCGGGAAGAAGGAGAAGGAGCGGGGUGAGAUCCUGGUGAGCAUCCAGUUCACACGGAACAACCUCACGGCCAGCAUGUUCGACCUGUCCAUGAAGGACAAACCACGGUCACCCUUCGGGAAGCUGAAGGACAAGGUGACAGGCAAGAAGAAAUACGACCUGGAGUCGGCCUCUGCCAUCAUCCCCAGCAGCCUGGGCGGCCUGGACGUGGAGGAUGACUACGAAAUGGGGGGCAAGAAGGCCAAAGUCAAGGGCUUUUUCCUGAAGAACAAGCUGCGCAAGUCGUCCCUGACGCAAUCCAACACUUCCUUGGGAUCCGACAGCACCAUCUCCUCUGCCAGCCUGAGCUUGGCAGCAAAUGUUCCUGAGGUAACCAAAUCCCCGAGCAGACACAGCAGUCUGUCCAUGGAGCGCUCUGUGAAAGACUAUUUGCCGUCUCCCAAGCUGACCCACAAGAGAGCGUUCAGCGACGACGUCUCCCAGGUCAGCCCGGUCCUGGAGCCCAAAGCGAUCCAAAGCCUGAAGCCAAAGAACGAUCCCGUGUCCCGUUCUUCCCUCUGCAUCAACGGGAGCCACGUUUACAGCGACGAGCCCGCCCCGAAGAGCCCCGCGCCGGUGCCGCCCGGCUCUGCCCCGCUGCCCGUGCCCGCCGUGCCCAGGAGGCAGGACGAGGGGUUCGGCUUCGCCCCGCUCCAUCCCGACCCCCACGAGGCGCCCUGGGGGGUCGGCGGCUUCGAGAGGCCUCAGCAGAGGGACGAGCCGAGGUUCAUCCCGUCUCCUCCCAGCUUAGCCCUGCAGGAAGAGCUCAAGGUCUCCACGAAGGCCGUCACCCUCAGCAACCACCUGGGCAGGGCCAGGAUGGAGGAGAGCAGCCGCCUGGAGAACAAGCCCACCCAAGCCGCGGCACCCGUGGGCUUCUCCUCGGACAAACAGCCCGAGGAGGCGAGGAAGGAAGAGAAGAAACCAAAAGGCGGCUUCUUCCACCACGGGGGCAACCGGAGCGAGGCGGGGAGCAAAGGCCAGGGGGAGAAAGUGGGACCCUCCGUCCAGGCCGCGGCGGCGGGAGACGAGAGGAGUAAGAGCAGCGGCUGGUUUGGUUCAAAGGAGCCCAAAGAUUCCCCUCAGAAACCCAGUUUCCCGUGUGGGCCGCAUGCUUCACCAGAGGUCGCUGGGAGCUUUUAUUCCUCUGAGGAUUGCAGUCCCUCUGCCUCCCUAAGGCACACAGACCCAGAGAGGGAGUCUCCAGCCAAAAGCAUUGGUGUCCCCGUUCCUGAAACCACUCCCCCAUCACAAGGAGACCUUCCUCCUCCGGACACCGAACCCGCAGUCCCUCUGCCGCUCUCGGAGUGGGACGAUACCUUCGAUGCCUUUGCCACCAGCAGGCUCAAACCAGAAGGGAAGAAGGAAAACUUCUUUGCUUCCCUGGCAGCAGAGGGCAUGGCUUUCAUCGACGAUGCCGAUGCUGCCAGCCCAACGGAGAGAGCAGCCAAGCCAGCCCACGAGAAGGGCACACAAGGAUUCGAAAAGGCCGAUUCCCAAAUGGACGGUGAAAUACCCGCGGCUCUUCGGUCUUGGACAAAUUUCUCCAGUUUAGAUGUGGGGGCCAACUUGGUGAGCACAACCCAGGAGGCCACGGUGAUAGAGGACGUGCUGAGCCCCGUGUCUGCAGGGUCCAUGGGGAGGAGGAGGAAGAGCAGCACGCCCAUGGUUUGGACAGCCGCGUUUGCGUCGGGAAACUCCGCGGAAAAAGAGGCUUCGACAGCACUGACCACUGGAAGUAGCACCAGGGAGGGAGGGGACAGUGAUGAGGAGGAAUCCUCUAGUGCAGGGACAAAUGGCUGGAUGACCAUAGCCACCGAAACUGCUCCUGAGCCCUCGGAGAGCACCCAAAGCGUGGCUGAGGAGCGCGUGGGUCAGGACAGCGUGUUCGGCCCACGACCUGCCUUCCUCAGCGACGGCGCCUUCGAAGCCAACAACACAUCCCGUGCCGCCGCCCGCGUGCUGCCCAGGAGCACCUUCCCCCCCGAGCUCACCCCAGAAACCCUGCCAGGCAGCAGCGUGGUGGCUGUGCCCCCACGGGUGCUGGCGGAGGUGGCAGCACGGCCGCUCCCUGCCCCUCCCGAGCUGGGGACGGAGCUCCAGGGCGCUGGGAAUGAGGAGGACACGUUCGACAUCCGGACAUCGGUGUACCGGCUCCAGGCCAGCAUGAGGCUGGAGGCCAGUGAAAGCCUUGUAAAGCUCAGCUCUGACAUCCGUGAGAGGCACGUCGUCCUCUCCCCGUGGACAGGGACCCACGAGCGGGAGGAGAUCGCAGCCGGCUUGGCAGUGCCACCCCCAAAACCUCCCCGGUGGUUCGCAGCUGCCGGCGUUGGAGGGGAUGGGGAGGAGGAGGAGAAGGCUCGUGGCCCACAGCGAGGCAGUGAGGAGCGAGGGGAAGACACCGAGCGCCCAAAAGCAGAUGCAGAGUUGCCAAGGAGCCAUGUGAGCAGCGAACCCUCUGUCCCGGCAUCUCCCAGCCCGCCUGCCCUAAGGGUGGACAUCGCCGAAGCUGGGAGGGAGUUUCUGGUCUCGAAGGAUGCUGAAUGUGUGGACUCAGCAGAGAGAGCCAGCGAGCUGGGAAAAGGGGACGCCUCUCUGGGGGAAGACCCAUCGGAGAUGAACGAGAUGGAUGCAGCUGAGCAGUUCGAGACUUGCACAUCCAAGUUCUCCCUGGAUGGAUCAGGCCAGUCGGGUGCUGAGCAGAGCUGGAGCCAGCCCCGUUUGUCCCCUCAGACGGGGCCCACAGACAGUGCCAAGUGGGAGAUGGCCUCUGCCCAGGAGCCGUUCCCUGAGGAGCUCAGUGUUUCAGGACUAAACCCACCUUCCAAGCUAGACCUGGGCCAGCCGGAAACAUUCUGGACGGCUCUGGAAGAGCAGGAGGCAGCUGCUCAUCCCGCUGGUCUCAGCCCAAGGUUAGCGCGUGGGGAGAGCCCACCCCGGCCGCAGCCGGCAUGGGAUGAUGGUGAGGGGCAAGAGGGACACCAGCCUGAGCCUUGUGCCCCUGGGGCAGUGGCCAGCCCUCCUGAGGAGGCAGAGCAGGGCAGACCCCCCUGCAGCGAGCCCGAGGGGCCGUGGCACUCGGCAGACAGCAGGAUAGACUUCAAGAAGGCGGAUUUCUGGAAGCCAGACAGGGCGGAGGAGAGGCACAAGCAGGAAGCUCCAUCCCCGAAAAACCCCUUUACUCUGGCCCUCAGCCCCAACUCCCCAAGCAACCCCUUCGUGGAGACACCCCCAGACCACCCCCUCCCUGCUCAAGCUGUGCUGCCCGAAAAGCUUGACCAGGGCGACUUCAGCUUCGCCAGCCUCCAGGAGGAAGCCCUCGGGCAAGGCUUCCAGCCCACUAACCCCGCCGGGCACCCGCUCGUGCAGCCUCCCUUCCCGCAUGCCAGCCAGCCCUUGGCCUUCUCCACCCCUUUCCUCGUGGCUGCCACUAACCCCGAGCAGUUUGGUUUCCCCUCCCCUGCCGUGUUCCCCGCGAGCCGCGGGGUCCCCGCCGCCUCCAGCCGCGCAGCCGCCCAGCCCUGCCCUUUGCCGCAGCCCGGGGACACACAGGCUUCAGCGCUCGUGGUUUUGCCCAGGGAGACACAGCCAGCUGAGAAGCCCCUUUUCCAGCAGACGACCAGUCCCCACCCGGUGAAGCCCAUCAGCGCCGCGGUGCAGGAGGUCUCUGCUGAGAAGAAGCAGCAGCACAGGUCCAGCCUGACCUCAGCACUGAGCAAUGGCCUGGAGAAGCUGAGGACAGUCACCACGAGCAGCGUCCAGCCCGUGGCCCCGACCUCCCACCCGGAGAAAACGGACUCCAAGAAGUUAAAGGAUCCCACCGUGCCGGACCAGUCAGCCAAGUAUUACCACUUGACCCACGACGAGCUCAUCCAGCUCCUGCUGCAGAGGGAGAUGGAGCUGAGCAAGAAGGAGGAGCACAUCCAUGAACUGGAGAACUACAUCGACCAGCUGCUGGUUCGCAUCAUGGAACAGUCUCCCACGCUCCUCCAGAUCCCACUGGGGGAAGGCAACACCAAGUAACCUCUGCCCAGAGACCAGCAGCACUCGCCUAGAGCACUUCUCCAGUAACCAUGCUGCAAACAUCCCUGCACUCCCCCCUCCUCUUCCAAGAGGGCUCCAGUGGCUUCCGUUUGCAGAGUUUAGCGGGAAAGGUUGUCUGCUCCUUCCCAGCCCAAGCUUCUCCCAGCUCUGGCUCCAGGGAACUGUAGGGUGGAUGAUGGGCAGUCGUGCACCCUAUGGGGAGGAGCAGGGCCCUCCACCUGAGGCAGAUUCCACCUUAGGUUCCUGUCCUUGUGACCAAGUGCCAUCUUCUCGGGCGCUCACCCUGCCAGUGCUUUAAGUGGCCCAUGGACAUUUGAGAGCUGGAAACCACCUCGCCCAUGGCUUCAUCCUGCUGCUGCUGCUCUUCUGCCCACACUCUUCCUCAUCUCUCUUCUGAAGUGGUGUCCCCUGGCUGGAGGAUGAUGUUGAACUGGUUGAGGACAGCGGGGAUGUCUAAACCCAGGAAGGCUCUCCCAGCACGUUAGUGACUGCAGAGCAGGGCUGUUGUUGGAUGCCUCCUCCCCUUCCUGCCCUAUUUACCCCCCAGGAUGAAGGGUCUGUGUCUGAAGAGCCAGCUCCAGUUUGUGCCAGUUCCUGACUGCUGGGAGGUGCUACACAAAGGGACAACAAUGGAGUUGGAGGCCAUAAAGGACUUGAUCCAAUGUCACUGCCUGACCAUGAGCUGUGUUGGCUCCUUCACUCCGUGGGUGCAGAGUGGUGAUGCUGCCUCAGCUCCUCAAAACUCAGCUUGCAGCAUGGAAAAGUGAUGGUCUGUGCACCAUGAGGGCUCCAGGAGAUCUUCCUGCUUCCCACCCAACCCAUCCCCAGCCUGGCUGUGCCUCGAGGGGAUUCCUUUGUGUAUAAACCACAGCUCAAUUUUCUACUGGGUAUCCCGUGGGAAUUGCUCUCCACGGCUUUCCCCACCGUUGGCUCUGUGUUGUCUUUCCCAACCCAACAGGAAAAUGCCACUGGACCAAAGCUCAUGGAUGUCUGACCGUCUGGCCGCCUCUGCAUGACAUCCUGUGGGAUCAGGCUCCCACCAAACACUCCCUGUCCCAGCUCACAUUCCAGGAAUCCUGGCAGACCCCCUUCCAGCCACUGUUAGUGCCAAGCACCUCUCCAGCUGGAUCACAUCCACAUGCCAGUGUUGGAUCUCUUGGGCCCAGCUCUGCUGGGAGCUGAGUGCUUCCAGCUGCUGACCAUGGAGUGACCAUCCAAAGGGCUCUGAUUUAUGUAGUUUAAUGAGAAUCCAGCACAGAUUUGAGUUCAGAGGUGCUGUGGAAGAGGAUAGAAAGGAUGUUGCUCCAUCUCUCAUCCUGUCAGGAUUUUGUCUAGAGAAGUGAUGGAGGGUUGGUUGGUGUGGGAUUUGAGCUGUCUUGGCAUGUAAGGCAUCUUCUCCCUCUUCUGUAUCUCCCAAAGUUACUGGAUUCUUUUAAAACCUCCAUACUCUUCUCUCCUUACUUCCAUGUAUGCCAUGACUUUGAAAAACUGUGCCUUUUGCCAUAGGACAGUAGCAGUUUCCUACCCAAAAAGGCUCUGAAAUCCAAUUCUCAUUUCCACACAACCCAUCUGGGGACAGGUUUCUCUUCUGUUUUCCCGCUCAUCCGAAAAAGUGAGUUUAUUUUUACAUGCAGAGCCUUCCCACCCCUGUGUGCAGGUACUUUGGGUCCUUGGCAGGAAUUCUGCACAGGAAGCUCAUGGGACGUGGGAGGCAGAGAGUUUAGGAGAUGACAUGGGGAGGAAGAGCAGGCCAAAUAUUCCAAGACAAAAUACAGCUGGAUAAAGACAGUACUGGGUCAGGAGAGAAGGAGAUUUGGUCCUGUCUAGUUAAACCAUCAUAUGAGGGGGAGGAUUUGUCACCUGGGAAGGUACCAGCCAUGAACUUCCAAUUCCUGCCUGCCAUGGCCCCUCAUAUGGAAUAAUCUGAAGGUUUGCACUUCUCUACCUGUUCCUCUUGUCUUUAUGUUCCUCCUCCCUUUGUGUUUCUGGGAUAAGACGUGAGGCUCAGAAAGAAGAUGCUUCUCCGGUUUUAGAAAGUCCCAGAAAUAUUUCUCUGCCUGUAGGAUCAGAUCCCAUGGCCUGAGCACCACAUUCCCUUUCUGAGUGCCCAGAGAAGCUCUUCCUUUGAGCUGAAGGCGGGCAGGGAGGAGUUGUGGGCAGCUGGAAUGCAGUCCAGCCUUGGAAAAGCAGCACGGCACGGCACAGGAACGAGGGCCGGGAGGAGGGGCAGGUGUAGCUCAAGUGGGCAUUAAUAAGGGGGAGGAGCAGAGCCAAAAUCUCACACGAGAAUCCCACACUGGCUCCCCACUCCCUAAAAAACAUCUGCUUCCUUGGAGCUCUCCCCCGGCAGCGUUGGCUCUGCAGGUGCUCCCCACACACAAGUGCCAAUGUUCCUGAGGAUCUCACUGCACCUCCUCCCUGCCUUCUCCCCUCCUCUUCCAUCGUGUCUCACCACUUCCCUCAGCCCCCUCUGCCUUACUCAGCUCUGCCUUUUGUCGCUCCAAAGCUUGAAUGUUUUGCACUCGAAUAUCUGAAGUUACUCUCAGAGCUCAGCAGGCGGUGCCGGGGGUGCAAGAGGUGCUUCCCCAUCUCCUGCCUUUCCAGCAAUAGGUGCUUCCCCAUCUCCUGCCUUUCCAGCAAUAGGAGCUUCCUCACCUCCUGCCUUUAGAGCAAUAGGAGCUUCCUCACCUCCUGCCUUUAGAGCAAUAGGUGCUUCCUCAUCUCCUGCCUUUCCAGCAGUAGGUGCUUCCUCCAUAUC